AUAUAUACAUACUCCCUUUUCCUCUAUUCAUUUCAUAAAAGCCAACUUACGAAUCCAAAAAUCUUGAUUUGGCCAUGACUCAAAUCUGCAAAAUAUUGACUUUCUUUGCGCUGAUGCUGCAACUUGCCUUGUCAAUCCAGGCUCGACUUGAACCAGCUUCGGCUCCUGUGGAGGAAACAGCAGAAAACGACGACGUUCCAUAUUACGCUCCUUCUCCAUACGGAGACGACAACUUCCCUGAAUCGCCAUAUCCCCUAGACGACAUUGUUUCAGAAUCAGAAGGCAAUGACCAGUACCCUCCUUCACCUUCACCUUCACCUUCACCUUCACCUCCAGCUCCAGCUUACUCCCCGGCAACAGAACAAGACUACCCCUACUAUGGCGAAUAUCCUUCUCCUGCGCCAGCGCCUUGUAUUGACGUCAUGGCUCCUGAAGUCGAUGAUUUUUAUGAUGAUGAUUAUUCUCCUUCUGAAGCUCCUAGUCCCACAGAUUAUGGAGUGCCAUCUGAAGCCUCUAUUGGUUCAGUGGCUACCCCACCGCCAACAGAGUGGGAAUAUAGAGCGGAAGACGAUGCUUACUUGGAUGCCGAAGGCGGAGAUGAAGAAGGUUAUGGUGAAGAGAACAGGAGAGGGACGAUGGGGUUUGUGAUUGGGGCGGUUUGUUUAGUGGGAUUGGGAGGUUUAAUGUGCAGGAAGAGGAAGACUACUAAUCAGAAGCGUAAGCAUCCUGUGUACCUGGAGUUGUCUAGGAGCGGCGACGUCUGAUCCAUGUUACUAUAUCACCGCUUUUUAAUUUACUGCCUCGUUACAUUCUUCAAUAACGUUACACACACAUACUCCUAUGUUAAUUAGUGGUGUUUGUGAUUCUCUCGUCUCUUUUCCUUGACAAGAUCUUCCCGUGACAGACAGAGAUUCUACCAAUCCUUGCUGCAGAAAGAAUGCCUUAUUUUAGUUUAAGAAUGCUAAAUAUACAGAGUAGUGCUUAUGAACUGUAGUGUUGUGCCCUGAGUUUAUAUAUAUAUAUAUAUAUAUAUAUAUAUAUAUUUUCACAUCUGUUAUA